AUACACUACCCUAAAUGUAUCAAUUCACCUAAUGACUGACCUACUUACAUUGGUAUGAAAAAGUAUCUGAACCAUUUGGAAUUUCUCACAUUUCCGCAUAAAAUCACCAUCAAAUUUGAUCUGAUCUUUGUCAAAAUCACACAGAUGAUAAAACAGUAUCUGCUUUAACUAAAACCACCCAAACAUUUAUAGGUUUUCAUGUUUUAAUGAGGAUAGCAUGCACACAAAGACAGAAGGGGGAAAAAUAAGUAAGUGAACCUCCUGCCUAGGGAGACUUAAAGAGCAAUUGAAACCAAUUUUUUACCAAACAAUUUAAGUCAAGUGUGUGCCCAAUCAAUGAUGAGUGGUUUAUAGCUGCCCUGUCCACAAUAAAACACACACCUGGUAAGAAUUGUCUUGAUGAGAAGCAUUGUCUGAUGUGCAUCAUGGCUCGGUCAAAAGAGCAGUCUGAAGACCUGCAAUCAAGGAUUGUUGAUUUGUAUAAAGCUGGGAAAGGAUACAAAACCAUCUCUAAAAGUCUGGAUGUUCAUCAAUCCACAGUCACAGAAGUUGUCUACAAAUGGAGAGAGUUUGGCACUGUUGUUUCCUUCCCAAGGAGUGGCCGUCCACCAAAGAUGACGCCAAGAGUUCAGUGCAGAAUUCUCAGCAUAUUUCAUCCAAACAAUACAAAAUAAGUGUUUUUUAAUACAAACAAGUCAACCUUCAAUUAAUUAUAUCAGCUAUGCACUCAAUACUUGGCCAGAAAUCCUUUUGCAGAAAUGACUGCUUCAAUGCGGCGUGGCAUGGAGGCAAUCAGCCUGUGGCACUGCUGAGGUGUUAUGGAGGCCCAGGAAGCUUCCAUAGCGGCCUUAAGCUCAUCCACAGUGUUGGGUCUGGUGUCUCUCAACGUCCUCUUCACAAUAUCCCACAGAUUCUCUAUGGGGUUCAGGUCAGGAGAGUUGGCAGGCCAACUGAGCACAGUAAUGCCAUGGUCAGUAAACCAUUUACCAGUGGUUUUGGCACUGUGAGCAGGUGCCAGGUCAUGCUGAAAAAUGAAAUCUUCAUCUCCAUAAAGCUUUUCAGCAGAUGGAAGCAUGAAGUGCUCCAAAAUCUCCUGAUAGCUAGCUGCAUUGACCCUGCCCUUGAUAAAACACAGUAGACCAACACCAGCAGCUGACAUGGCACCCCGGACCAUCACUGACUGUGGGUACUUGACACUGGACUUCAGGCAUUUUGGCAUUUCCUUCUCCCCAGUCUUCCUCCAAACUCUGGCACCUUGAUUUCCGAAUGACAUGCAAAUUUUGCUUUCAUCCAAAAAAAGUACUUUGGACCACUUAAUAACGGUUCAGUGCUGCUUCUCUGUAGCCCAGGUCAGGCGCUUCUGCUGCUGUUUCACAGACGCCUGUGCACGGUGGCUCUGGAUGUUUCUACUCCAGACUCAGUCCACUGUUUCUGCAGGUCCCCCAAGGUCUGGAAUCGGCCCUUCUCCACAAUCUUUCUCAGGGUGCGGUCACCUCUUCUGGUUGUGCAGCGUUUCCCGCCACACUUUUUCCUUCCCGCAGACUUCCCACUGAGGUGCCUUGAUACAGCACUCUGGGAACAUCCUAUUCACUCAGAAAUUUCUUUCUGUGUCUUAGCCUCUUGCUUGAGGGUGUCAAUGAUGGCCUUCUGGACAGCUGUCAGGUAUCCUGCAUGAGCCCCCAUGUGGACCCAGAUGGAGGCUGGGCUGUGUGUUUGGACCCGAAGUACAGCCUGACUCACAAGAUGCAACAAAAGCACUGUCGGGUCUAUUCAUUUGGGUUGGGGCCAAAUACUCGUAACGUUGAACAGUACCUAGCGACAUCUGGCUGCAAGGUCCACAUCUUUGACCCCAGUUUGAAAGAGCUGCACCAGCAACGCAGUGAAAUGUGGCUCCACCGCUUAUCCGUAGACUGGAGGGAUCCCCACCCUGCUGUCAUCGCGCAGCGUCAGAACACCAAAAAACUGGCCACCAUUCUCAACGACUUUGGUCACAGACAGGUGGACGUACUGAAAGCAGACAUGGAGAGUGCCGAGUGGAAGAUCCUCGAGAAUUUAAUCCUGGAAGGAGUUCUGGACUUUGUCGGUCAACUGCUUUUGGAGAUUCACCUCCAUUGGGCAGGUUUUGAAGUAGCAGGAGACGAUCCUUCCGUGGUACGAUUUUGGUUCAGUUUGCUCAAGGAGCUGGAACACGCCAACUUCCGGCUCUUCCACGUGCACAGUGACCGGGCGUUACCACAAAUCUUUCUGCACAAGAACAUCCUCAAUGCUAGCAGUGCCUACACCUUAGCAUGGGUGAACACGCGGUGGACUGGGGGCUAAUGUGCUGGUUGAAGCUCAGCUCUCUGCUUGUAUUGACCUUUUUGUUAACCUACUUCUCACCCAGCUGUGUUUCUCCUGGCCUGUAAUGACCUUAAUAUACCUCCAGAGGCUGUGUAUGCUACCUCAUGUUGGCUGUGCUACGGGUCAACUUCUUAGUCAUCCGACCCAAAGUUCAUGGCCUGUUUUCCGAAAUUUCCAGGUUCGCGGUGAAUCAGUAACAGGCACACUUUUGCUCAAUUUAUCAAAACACAAUCCCAGUAUUAAUCAAUUCAAUUUAUCAAACAGCACAAUCCCAGUUAUUACUUAAUUCAAUUUAUCAAAAAGCACAAUAAUUCAAUUUACCAAAUAACACAAAUCCCAAUCAGUUUAUCAAGUAAUACGACAUGUCCUUGACGCCACUAAUGUUUUCCGAAAUUUCCAGGUUCGCGGUGAAUCAGUAACAGGCACACUUUUGCUCAAUAGACGAUGUUUAUUGAUUAGAAAAUGGAGAAUAAAUUAGAUUUAUUGAUUACAAUCCCACAAGAGCAAACAAACAAGUAUCAACAAAUGUCAACGAUGACGCUAGAUUUGAGUUUGUCAACCCCAGAAUCCCCGCGCUACGUUACAGCACAACCAAGUGUCCCUUAGCAAUGAAAAUUGCUUACCGUGACAAAUGAGUGGGAAGCCAGCAACACUCCGGCAGAGCGGCAAAGGAAGUCCGCCAGGGGUCACGUACGGAUCGCCUGGCUUUUGCCUGCACAUUAUGACCGUAGCAUAAAACACUAUUUACUGGCCUUGGGUAAAUUGCCAGACAGAAUAAAUAUGUGCUUUAAAGUUCUUGCAUUUCCAUUUCAAGUAUUGCAAGUACUAGUCUCCAACACAGUAUUUGAACUGACAGUUUAAAAUCCCUUUAGUACAAAAUGGCCCACACUCUGGCAGGGGGCAGCAAAUAUUAUAAUACAUAAUACAUUAUAAAAAGCUAUAUACUAUAUAAAUACAAGAUCACAACAAAACCUGUAUUUUUCAAAGCAGUUAAAAAACAUCCAGUGGCCUUAGGUAAAUAAAGGUGUAUAAAUAUGUACUUUACAGUUCUUGCGUUUCUAUUUUAGGUAUUGCAACUUUUCCAACACUAUUUGAAUUGACAGUCUAUAGUCUACAUUAGUGCAAAUAAGAAUAUUAUAAAUUAAAAAUAAUAAUAGAAUAUAUAAAUUCAACAUUACAAUGAAACGUGUCUUUGUCAAAGUGGUUAAAAAAAAACACUUCACUGGCCUUAGUUAAAUAGCCAGGCAGAAUAAAUAUGUGCAUUAAAGUUCUUGCAUUUUCACAAGUUAAAAGCCCGCAGUUUAUCGACAAGAAGGGCAGACCCAGAUGGCGUCUGCUGCAGGGGCUUGUUUGAGUCCGACACAGGACAAAUGGAACCACUCCUUUGAACAAUUUUUCUUUGUCAAAUGAUCCAAGAAGAGAGAUGGUGACCAAUCGGGAUGUGUUGUCAGCAGGUUUACCAAGGAACACAACAGGUAGGUGAGUCGUAGUAGGCGAGCAUUGCUACCGAGGCAGAUUUACACAACGGUGUAAAAAAACAAAAACGUAUUGAAACCAAAAGUGGAUAAAUCGUUCAACUUACAAGAGUAGAGAUGACAGGAACACACUCUCAUUCCAGCAGAAAAAUGAUCAUAAGAGAUGCUUUUCCGACGAACCGCUGCAAUCCAGCCAUCCGUCGUACCUUCGUGAUCUGAUAUUUGGUCCUCCAUGCAGGAAAACGGUGAAAAGUGAGUCCAUUUUUCCUAACCCCUUUUUUUUUUGUCGUAGGAGACGCUGUUGCACCCGGUAACGCAACAAUAAGCACCCAUAUUUUCUUUCUAAAACACCGAAGGAGUUAGCUUAGCACUACCACACGUUACAAUCCGCAUUGAGUCUGCCGGACCGGAAGUGAAUCAUAUUACCAGCAUGGAGGCGCGUCCUAACCAGUGGCGCCACCAGGGGGUGGCCAGGGGUGGCCACGGCCACCCCUAUAAAUUGGUUGGCCACCCCACUGGCCACCCCGCUUGCCAGUAUAUCGUUAGAUUGUUGUAGCAUCAGUUAUGCAUUUCUUCCCAAUUGAAUGCAUUUAUUUUGUUUUGUUAAAUGUAGGGCUGUCAAAUUUAUCACGUUAACGGGUGCUAAUUAAUUUUUUAAAAUUAAUCACGUGAAAAUAUUUAUCGCAAUUAACGCAUUCGCGGUACGACUCAUUCAUGCAUUGCCGCAAACAGCCUACAAUGGUGCAGUUUUACUUAUAUACAGAGAUAAGAGGCAGAGUGGAGUAGAUACAAGCAUUCAUUGGGGCCGUGCUUUUAAUUGGCAAAAGCUUUGUCAUCUCUCCCACAGCAACUAUAAAUAUUGUGGGAAGCGACGUGGGGAAGAAUGACAGGAGUUGAUCUUUUUCUUAACACCCUGUAGUGUACCGAACGCAGAGGAGAUACAGCCUUUGCAGCCACCACACACAUUCAUGGUUGCACCACUUCCCAUCAUGCAUUUGGGCAGAACGGUUAAGUCGCUACCGUAUCAUUGACUGAAAGCUCAACAAAUACACUAGAUGGCAAUAUUUAGUCACAAUAUAUAACCUCAUAUUUAUCCUUUAAGAAUUACAAGUCUUUCUAUCCGUGAAUCCCUGUCACAGAAAGAAUGUUAAUAAAGUUAAUGCCAUCUUGUGGAUCUAUUGUUAUAAUAAACAAAUACAGUACUUAUGUACAGCAUGUUAAAGUUAUAUAUCCAGCUUGUCUUAAGUAAUAUAUCCGUCUUAUCUUUCCAUUCCAACAAUAAUUUACAGAAAAAUAUGGCAUAUUUUAGAGAUGGUUUGAAUUGCGAUUAAUCAUGAUUAAUUAAUUUUUAAGCUGUGAUUAACUCGAUUAAAAUUUUUAAUCGCUUGACAGCCCUAGUUAAAUGUACACCUUAUGCCUAAUAUAUACAUAACACAAUAAAACCGAAUUGUUGUGGAACUAAAAAUGUUGACUGGACAGUUAUGGACUAUGCUCAUUAAAUCAUUAGUAACAUCAAAUAUUACACAAUACACCAAAGUAUAUCAGUAGCCGUGUCCUUAAGUCUUUCUGAUAGUUUUCCCCUGACCUUUUUACUACAAUAAUAUAAUGAAAACCUGAAAUUAUGGCUUUUAGUUUUGGCCACCCUCAAGAUUUCAAGUGGCCCCAUCUGGCCACCCCUAUGAAAAAUUUCUGGAGGCGCCACUGGUCCAAACAAUGACGUAGUACGUCCCAUUCCCUAUAGACCCUAGUCACCUACGUCACAAAAUGGGCGUGUCGCUGUUUCCGGCCGCCAUAUUGUACCUAUUUUUUAGAUCUAUUCUCAUUGUUUUCAAUUAGUCGAGCAAGUUAUAGAGCAAUUCAUGGAAGCCCCGGUGUUAUCUGACGCUGUAAACUCAUUGGAUGCGUUGCAUAAAAGGCGUUACGUGGAAAAGCUUCAGUUUAUCCAUUCGCCAGAUCCGUAUUUGAUGCCUAAAUCGAUGUUUUUCGACCCGCAGGCUUCGCCUGACAUCUGCUAUCCUGAUAUUUACAACUAUCUUGUCCACACAAAAUCAGCCUAUUCUCACAAACGUUUGAAAAACUUUAAGACCUUGAAGGCUUAUAAAUGCUACGUUGCUGGUUGGGUGAAACAGGUCCUCGUACACGAAAAUUCGGCAGGAAUCUUGUGCUCGGAAGGUGAGUUACGAAAUUUUCAAUUCAAAAUCUUUUGUUCUUGCUAACAUCCACUGUCAAGUCUAAUGUAUUUCAUGUCAUUUGUCAAUGGAGCUAGGGCUUUUAAUGUUUAUAUGGUUUAGCGAUAGCACUCUCACUACAUACAUAUAUAAUAUGUAAUAAAUAUGAAGUGCGAUAGCAUUACUCCAGAUUGUCCCUAGUUGAAUUUAUUUUUUGGAUUUUGACCUCAAUAGUGAAAUUGUAAAUUAAUUGUAUGACAACUGUCUGAUUAUCCCCUUAUAACUGUAUAUUUUCAGGUAGUUCAUUCACAACGUCUGAGUGUAUGUUGUCGGCGAUUAGCCUAGCAA